AUGCGGGAAAAUGAAUUGUAUAGCAAAGCGUGUGUUGCCGGAAGUAUCAGAUUUGUCGUUGACGAAGCAGAUGAAGAAAGCGUUGCUCUGGCGGAGUAUGAAAACUUUUCUCGCAACCUAGCAACAAUAUUAGCAAGAGACAGGCAAGUGGUAGCAGUAACAUUGAUUCCCUACCCAAAUAAAUGUGAAGUUUACAUUGCUAAGAACAACUCUUGGCUCGAAGAAGAUAUUGUGUAUAUCGACAAAAUCAAGGAAUACGUGAAAAGUUUGUCUAAAGAUGCUCCCAUAAAAUUAAAUGCUGCUUUGGAAAGGGGGGAUGUGGGAAAUUUAUUCGGAGAUGUAUUGGAAUAUUGUUCUGCUAAGAUCGAUACUAGAUUUGAUAAACUUAAAGAUGACAUAAAGAAAGAUAUAAUUAAUAAUUAA